AUGCCCCUCAGCCUCUUCCAGCGCCUCCUCCUCGCCGCCCUGCUGCUGCUGCUGGUCUGGGCCCUCCUCGGGCCCGCGGGCAUCGGGGAGGAGCUGCUGAGCCUCUCGCUGGCGUCCCUGCUCCCAGCACCGGCCUCGCCGGGGCCGCCCCUGGCCCUGCCGCGCCUCCUGAUCGCCAACGAGGGCGCCUGCAGCGGCCCCGGCGGCCCCCCCUUCCUGCUCAUCCUGGUGACCUCGGCCCCCCCGAACCUCAACCAAAGGAACGCCAUUCGGGCCUCGUGGGGCGGGCAGCGCGAGGCCCGCGGGCUCGGGGUGCGGACGCUCUUCCUCCUGGGAGAGCCGGGCGGGCGGCCUCCCGGCUCCCAUGAGGACGACCUGGAACGCGAGUCAGCGGCCCAGGGGGACAUCGUGCAGGCGGCCUUCCGGGACUCCUACCGCAACCUGACCCUCAAGACGCUCAGCGGGCUGAGCUGGGCGGACAAGCACUGCCCCAUGGCCCGCUACGUCCUCAAGACGGACGACGAUGUGUUUGUCAACGUUCCAGAACUGGUAUCAGAGCUGGUCCGGCGAGGGGGCCAUCGGGAGCAACGGGAGCGGGGCAUGGCGCCCCGGAGAGGGGCUGAGGCCGGAGAUGCAGGGUGGAAAGGAGGCAGCCCCUCGCCGGUGAGGCAGCCCACGCCUCCACUGUACCUGGGCCGCGUGCACUGGCGGGUGUACCCCAUUCGGACUCCAGGGAGCAAGCACCAACUAUCAGAGGAGCAGUGGCCUGCCAGCUGGGGCCCUUUCCCACCCUACGCCUCGGGCACAGGGUAUGUGUUGUCGGCUUCCGCUGUGCAGCUCAUCCUCAAAGUGGCCAGCGGGGCACAUUUUCUGCCCCUGGAAGAUGUCUUUGUGGGGAUAAGUGCCCGACGAGGAGGCCUCACCCCAACCUCCUGUGUCAAGUUGGCUGGUGCCACCCACUAUCCCCUGGACCGGUGCUGCUAUGGGAAAUUCCUGCUGACGUCCCACAAGGUGGACCCCUGGAAGAUGCAGGAAGCCUGGAAGCUGGUGGGGGGCUCCGAUGGGGAAAGGACUGCACCCUUCUGCUCCUGGCUCCAGGGGGUCCUGGGCAUCCUGCGGUGUCGGGUAAUAGCCUGGUUUCACAGCUUCACAGCCUGA